AAAAUGCUGGUCCACGGGCUCACUCCUCUCCUGCUCUGCUUGUUGCCUCUGUGGAGAAUCCUGACAACCGUUUCAAGUCACCCACAGCAGCCAUGUCAUCUGAUACAAGAAACUGCUCGCUGCAAUAAUGGCAAACUCUCAUCUGUGCCCGAGGACCUGCCGGUCAACGUAGAGGAGCUUCAGCUGAACUACAAUCAUAUUAAAACACUACAGGAGAACUCUCUUCUACGUUACCCAUCACUAAACACCCUAAGCUUAGCUUGCAGUAAUCUGGAGAAAUUGGAACCAAAGGUUUUUCAAGCUUCAAAAUUAUUAGAGAGCCUAAACUUUGCAAAUAAUAACCUCCACAUUGGCUACCAAGAGAGCAGCCUUUCGUUAAGGACAGUUCCCGGUCUUAGAGUUCUAGAUCUUUCUGAGAACAAGCUGAAUGAAGAAAUGGCUUUUGCACUUCUUCAAAACUUGACGUCCCUGGAGUACCUCAAUCUUUCUGGAAACCUCUUGAAAAGACUGGACGAGACGUCGUUCAGUGAUCUCCACCAGCUCAAGGACCUGGACCUUUCGAGGAACGUCAUGUUUGAGAUAGACGGCGCUUUCAACGGCAACCCGAAACUCCGGCGGCUCAACUUGGCCUUCAACUAUCUGCCCUGCCUGACAGACUUCCACAUGACUAAGCUGGUUGUCCUUAAUGCCAGCCACAACGUCAUUGAAUGGUUCAUCUCCAGGCAAGACCUCAACGAGACCUUCCAGCUAGAGACGCUCGAUCUAUCAAACAACAAGCUCCUCUUUUUUCCUUUCCUCCCCAGUCGGAGUAACUUACAGAACCUUUACCUGUCCCACAACAUUGUGAGGUUCUACCAACACUUAGUAGACAACGUUACGUCCACAAACCUAUCCUCAACCGUUGAGUUUUACAAUCUGAAGAAACAGGCACGCAAUAUGACCGCUCAGUUGUGGGAUGACAAUCUGCACGGUGAUAUUUCCACUGUAGAGAUUUUGGAUCUGAGGGGAAACCAGGUGGAUAAUUUCCCUCAUGGAUUCCUCAAGAAAAUGUCUGCUCUAUCAAGACUUCGAUUGGGCACAAACUGCUUGGAAACCCUAAACCUUACGUCAGAGCAGUUUUCUGGCAGCUUGUACGAGCUGGACAUCAGCAACAACAGACUGAACCGUAUUUUAGCAGAUAACGGUAUGCUCACUAAUCUGGGUAAUUUGACCUACUUUAACCUGAGCCAAAACAAUCUGAACGAGCUACCCUAUGGAUUAUUUUCUUCAUUGCCAAGGAUCCGGUCAGUGGACCUCAGUUAUAACAACGUUAAAAUUUGCCAUUCGGAGGAAGCUAAAGUUGGUGCACACAACUUUUCAGCUUGCAUGGAUUGGAGGAACAUCAUCUCCCUCAGACAACUCUACCUUAAAGGGUGCAACCUUGAAAGAAUUCCAGCGUACGCAUUCAGGGGGUUGUUGCUGACGCACCUGGAACUGUCUGAUAACCCCGGACUCAUUGUCCAAGAUUCGUUGCAAGGCUUAGGAGGCACAUUGCAACAUCUAGGCUUAGGAAACACUGAAAUACAAGACCUCGACCUCUCCUCUUUUCAAAGUCUGAGGUUUUUAAACCUUUCGAGAAACUCUCUUCUCCAUAUUCCUCCCUCAGUUCAAAGCAUUGACUUGAAAGUUCUGGACUUGAGAGACAACAAACUGUCCACGAUCCCCAACGGUCAGGUGAAUACUUUGGCCUCAAAGCUUCAGACUGUUUUUCUCACUGGAAAUCCGUUCAACUGCUGCCAAACUGAAUGGUUCAGGACAUUUGAAAUAAACACUGUGAAUAUGGUCGGGCAGGCAGAGAUCCAGUGUAAGGAUCUCCUACAUACGACCCACAGAGCGGAGGACUCUCAUUUGUUUUUGUGUUUUGAAGGGGAACCCGUACUGUGGUACAUUCUCCUUUUUGUACCCGUCUGUCUGUUUUUUGUUGGAGUCUCUAUUAUGGUUUUCCUCACCUUAAAACCUAAAAUGCUACAAAAAUCCAUCAAAAAGAAAUAUUUAAAGCCAACUUCCUACUGAUACUUUAUAAACCCCAAGUGAUGUUUUGCUCAAUACAUUGUAGAGAAAUG